UAACGCCAUAGAAAAGCGGCUUCCAAUGAAACGUGACUCGAUUCCCACCGUUCACGUUACUGAGUCGUUCAAAAGACCGACUCAUUCGCGAACGUCACAGCUCUACAGCGGAUCGCCACCUCGACCGUAGAAGAAGACGACACAAAAAAGAAAUGGAUCCCGCGUGUGAGCAAAAUAUGAUGGAGAUGGAGCGAAAACGCCGACAAUUUCACGAACUGCUUCGAGCUUCGUUACGUCAUGCAGGCUACACAGGAGCUGUUGUAAAGAAUUGUAGGCGUGCGGUACCGUCCACAUCACAACUGGUUCCUGAAAUCAUCAUUUCUGAUGAAGAAACAACCAAUCCCCCUGCUGAAGAUGAUGCGAGCCGCGUUGUCCAAGAAUUUGGUUUUGUUGAAGAGGAAAGUGUUCCCGGUGUAUCUCCAAGUGAAACCUCUCCUGUCACUUAUCAGCAUUCUGCUUCCAGCGUCACUAAUGCUGACAUUGACGCAGAAGAACUCCAUCCCGAGCAGCGAGACUUUCCUUUUACCAUCACAAUUUCCGACACCGAGGACGAACCCUCGCAACGUGACGAGACGGUUCGCGCCGGUGGCAAAAAACCAAUAGAAUGUUCUUUCUGUGACAAAACUUUUCUCAGCAAGUCCAGGUGGAAAAGACACACAAGAACCCACACCGGAGAAAAACCUUUUACCUGCUCGCUUUGUGCUAAAAGCUACACUCGGGAGUCCAAUCUAAGACAACACAUCAGAACCCACACUGGAGAAAAACCUUACCUCUGCUCCGUUUGCGGCCAACGAUUUGUUAAAAAGAGACAUUUAAGCGACCAUACUAUAAAACACACUGGGGUGAAACCUUAUUUAUGCUCGGUGUGCGGUCAGGGUUUUACCCGACAGGAGUAUUUCCGCAUCCACCUCAGGCAACACACCGGGGAGAAACCUUAUUCUUGUUCCAUUUGCGGGAAAAGCUUUAGCCAGCAGCAAUAUUUCAAAGCGCACACGAGAAUACACACGGGGGAGAAACCUUUCGAAUGUCCAGUUUGCGGUCUUAAAGCGUCUCAAAGAGGGACGUUAACCAAUCACAUGAGAAUACACACCGGAGAAAAACCUUUUGCCUGUUCGGUCUGCGGGAAACGAUUCACGCUGAAGCAAUAUUUAAGAACGCACGCCAAAACGCACAGUGGGGAAAAACCUUACACGUGCUUGCUUUGCGGUCUCGGAUUCAGUCAAAAGAUGAGUUUGACCACACACAUGCGAACGCACACCGGGGAAAAACCUUAUACCUGCGACGUUUGUGGCAAAGGGUACACAACCAAGGCAAGUUUAAGCAAACAUGUCCAAACGCACGCCGAAGAAACCAAUUAGAACUUCUAGCUUUUAGGUGUGGUUGUUUUUAGCAUACUGACGGCAAUAGACGUCUUCAUCUAGUCCAAACGGAUUGGUCGUCUAUCGCUGUCAAUGGCAAGAAAACAUGAUCAAUUUUUGUUCUCCUUUGUCCACAGUGUUGCACCGAUACCAUUUUUUGACUCCCACGCCAGUCUGCCGAAAGUGUACCAAUACUGUCUCGGAGGAAGUAACACUUUUAAAUAAAACUCACUUGAAUGUAAAGUCAGUGCUAUCACGGCUUGGUCAGACAUUGCUAUAACUCAUUGGCUGCCACUGACUUUAUAGACGUCCAAUACAUUUGAAACGUGCAGGUUGGCAGCCGCUUUUAAUUGGACAUCUACUGGUGAUAGUCAUUGAAAUCCACAGCGGAAGGAUGAUUGGAUGUCUGUGAUCAUCUCGGGAAGUGCGUUGUUGUUUUUUUUAAGGCGUAGUUGGCGGACACCUUGGGUAGGUCGAAAACUUGAAAUUUGAUCUUGAAAAGUACAUACUGCGAAGCAUCGGCCUGUCAUUUCUUAGUACUUUCCAACACUGAUGAUGUCAUAUAAUGCCGUAUCGGUGCAACACUAAUGUCAUGUAUUAGUAAAGAAUAUUGUAAUAUUAGUGAAGUAGCCUUGAGAAACUGUUGAUUCUGCUUUUUUUUUUUUUUUUUUAAUAAAACUAUUAAACAGUCAAACAAACUUUACAAUUUCUUCACGCAGUGUAUGCCAGAAAUCUCUUAUGGAACAGAAAAUAUGAACGACUGUCAAGCCAAUGUACGUGAAAAACAAGACAUAUCCUUGAAAGUCACAUUAUUGUCGCAAGGACAUCAACAAAAUCGGAAUAUUUAAGAUUUUAAAUAUAUAAUACACAUUUGCUUUGAAUAACAAAUAGCAGCAAUUAAGACCUCUAAUAAUUAUCAUGUACAUACCAAAAAACUCAAAAAUACCAAAUAAAUAUCAAUUACCGACCUACCUAUUGUUUGUCGUAACUAUAUUACCGUACCUCAUUCAGUGCCAUUGACAUUGAUUGACAUCAGAUCAUGUAAACUGGGACAUCUGGCAUUGAUCAUUUUUAUUGAAAUGAAUGGCGAUAGGCUGGAUCACUGCCAUCACAGCCGAUGUAAUAGUAGGGAGGUUGUUGAUGUCAGAACAGAUUUUCAAGCAACUCUGGUUCUUGUAUUGUGGCAGACUUGAACGAGUUAUUCACUGCAAUCCAAAGUCAUUUAAACGAAACUCGAGGAUGGCAAAUGGCUAAACCGAAAAAUCUAAUACAUACAGAUCUUUAGUAGGAACACGAUUUCAAAUUGCAAAAUUGAGUCUUUUUUUUUUUUUAAGCAGCAUAAACAAACAGAUAAUUUGCAUUUAGGAAUACAAAAUUAUCCAUAAAUAAGAUUCUUCUUUAUUUAUUUCCUUUUCAGGCAUGACAGAUCCAAACGUACAGCAUUCAUAUGUGUUUAUGUUCAGUUCAACCCGAAAAGAAAAUGGCUGACGGGAGAGGCCGAAGCUUAUUGAAUCCCGCCCCCGGUAUAGACUCUACCCACGUGACGUCACAACUCCUUCCUCCUGACUGGUGCCGCCCAAUUGUCCGUCAACACAUCAUGUUUACCUGUUACGGCUACGUACAUUCCUCCUAUUUACGACGUGUUUUUCUGCUCGUUAACAUUAAUAAUCAAAAUGGUGAAGGCGUGUGUGGCGGUCAGUUGCAAUAACAGAGAAGAUAGACGGAGAGACUUGAAGUUCUACCGGAUUCCGAGAGACCCGGAGAGAAGAGAGCGAGAUGGGCUGCUGCAAUUCGACGAGAAAACUGGGCUCCAAACAAUUACCACAGAUAAUGUAGUAGUCAUUUUAUAUCUGGUAAGAUGCAUUUAAUAUAUAUUUAGAGGGUUUUGGGCUGACAACCACAAUUAAGAUCAUUGCUAGGCUAAUCGCCGACAACAUACACGUAUGUAUGUAGUGAGAGUGCUAUCGCUAAUCCAUAUAAACAUUAAAAGCCCUAGCUCCAUUGACAAAUGACAUGAAAUACAUUAGACUGGACAGUGGAUGUUAGCAAGAACAAAAGAUUUUGAAUUGAAAAUUUCGUAACUCACCUUUCCAAGCACAAGAUAGAUUUCUGCCGAAUUUUCGUGGACAACCUGUUUCACCCAACCAGCAACGAAGUAUUUAUAAGCCUCCAAGCUCUUAAAGUUUUUCACAUUUUCGUGAGAAUAGGCUGAUUUUGUGUAGACAAGAUAGUUGUACAUAUCAGGCUAGCUAGCAGAUGUCAGGCAAAUACGGCGGAGACAGCGGGUGGAAAAACAUCGAUUUAGGCAUCAAAUAUGGAUCUGGCGAAUGGAUAAACUGAAGCUUUUCCACAUAACGCCUUUUAUGCAACGCAACAAGUGAGUUUACGGCAUCCGAAAGCACCGGGUCUUCCAUGAAAUGCAUUAUAAAUUGCUCGAUCAAUUGAGACCAUUGAUAAUACAGACACAAAAUGACGGACAAGGGGGCGGAACCAUACAGCGAGCACGU